UGCAGCCAAGAUUACCCGGCCCAGACCCCAGCCGAACUAUCAUCGUCAGAAUGUCGGGCAAAGACUGUAUUGAAAUCUUUCCCUCGCGCAUGGCACAGACCAUCAUGAAGGCUCGAUUAAAAGGAGCACAGACAGGUCGAAACCUCCUGAAGAAAAAAUCUGAUGCCUUAACUCUUGGAUUUCGACAAAUCCUAAAGAAGAUAAUAGAGACUAAAAUGCUGAUGGGUGAAGUGAUGAGAGAGGCUGCCUUUUCACUGGCCGAGGACAAGUUCAUGGCAGGGGACUUCAGCACCACCAUUAUUCAAAAUGUAAAUAAAGCCCAAGUGAAGAUUUGCGCUAAGAAAGAUAAUGUAGCAGGUGUUGCUUUGCCAGUGUUCGAACAUUACCAUGAAGGAACUGACAGUUAUGAACUGACUGGUUUAGCCAGAGGUGGGGAACAAUUGGCUAAAUUAAAGAGGAAUUAUGCCAAAGCAGUGGAAUUACUGGUGGAACUAGCUUCACUUCAGACGUCCUUUGUUACUUUGGAUGAAGCUAUUAAGAUAACCAACAGGCGUGUAAAUGCCAUUGAACAUGUCAUCAUUCCCCGGAUCGAACGUACCCUUGCUUAUAUCAUCACAGAGCUGGAUGAGAGAGAGCGAGAAGAGUUCUAUAGGUUAAAGAAAAUACAAGAGAAGAAAAAGAUUCUCAAGGAAAAAUCCGAGAAGGACUUGGAGCAGCGGAGGGCAGCUGGAGAGGUGACAGAGCCUGCUAAUCUUUUGGCUGAAGAAAAAGACAAGGAUCUUCUGUUUGAAUAGUUUACUGCUCUGGCUCUUUCAUAAGCCCUA